GCAGCCCCUGGAGUGAGCGGGGAGCAUUCUCGCUGGCAGCCGGGGCCACGGGCAGUUGCAGCCGCGGCCGAGCCGCCAGCCGCUGGGAAAGAGCUCGUCACUGCCGCCCCCAGAGCCGCCGAGGCCAGCUUCGCGGCGCUGCCCCGCGGCGGGAGAGGAGGCUGCAGGAGAGCAGAGGCGGCCAGCGGGAGCGGCGGGGCUCAGCGCGCACACUCAGCAGCCCGGGAGCCCCGCGACCUCCGCGCCCGCACGCGCCAGCCGCGGCUCUCGCGUUUCUCGGCCUCCGGGCGCCCCACCUCUCCUCCCUCCCCUCCCUCCCGCCAGCUCGCCGGGGCCCGAGGAGCAGCAUGAAUCUGCGGCUCUGCUUGCAGGCGCUCCUGCUGCUCUGGCUCUCCUUGACCGCGGUGUGUGGAGGGCCCCUGAUGCCGCUUCCCGAUGGGAAUGGGCUGGAAGAGGGCAAUGUCCGCCACCUGGUGCAGCCCAGAGGGUCGAGGAAUGGGCCAGGGCCCUGGCAGGGAGGUCGGAGGAAAUUCCGCCGCCAGCGGCCCCGCCUCUCCCAUAAGGGCCCCAUGCCUUUCUGAAGCAGGACUGAAGGGGCCGCCAAGUGGCCACACCCUGCGGUUCUGUCUCCUCUAUAGAUAGGUCUGCUUCUCUGGAGGCCUCACGUCCGUUCAGCUCUCACCUCGCACCUGCUGUAGCCACCAAUGGGCCCGGCUCUUUUCACCUGCUUGCUUCCCCCAGUGGCGUGCUCCUGGCUGUAGUCUGGAUGACUCCCUUUCUCUCGCAAGGAUCCGUCCAAUCCAACUUCCUGGCCCCUCCCUGGACUGACUUUGGAGAUCCAACCCCAGAAGGUCUCCCUUCUUCUCCAGGUCCCCUCCGAUCUAGUCCCUGCCUGUCUCAUCUUGUUCCUUCCUUCCUUAUGUCCGCCCUGGGCAUGGGGAGGAAACAUUCCCUUCCGUGGACUCCAGCAGAUCCCUUGUUUUCCUGGUCAGUUGGACUCCUCACCUGGCCUCCAGGAAGGAGUGCAGAGAAGAGCAAUGAGACUAGGUAGAGGUGCUGGCUGCAGGGAUCCAGGCAGGGCACAUGGUGGGCACGGAAGUGUGGGGGCAGGGAGUUCUGUUGAAGCGGGUGGAGCAUCGGUGUUUGCUCGGUUAAGGAAGAGGUAAAGGAGAGCGGUCUGGUCCGUGAAGUCCUUUGCUGUUUCUCUUGCCUUACUGUGCCUCCCAAUACUCCCUUCUCCCUGCUCCUCCACCCCGUCCCCAGCUAGGCCAAGCUCCAGGUCAGGAGGGGAGGGUGCUGGGCCUGACAUGGCUCUAUACCCUCCCAGGGGUAAAAGCCAAGCAAGAGGUUGUUUUUGCCAAGAAUCACGGAAGAUAUGAGCCGAAAGGACCCUUGGAGAUGACUUAGCCUUCUUAGGCAAACGCCUGCAAAAACAGAAGCAUGGAGAGGGGGGUGACCUGCUCAGAGUCACUGCAGAGCAGGGAUGGGGACCAGGUCUCCCAUCUCCUGGUCUAUGAUGUCCUCUUUCCUCUUGAUGAUGUCUUUUCAAAGCAAAUGAAGUGCCUUUUCCUGAGGCUGGGGCUGGGGGGGCUGGGAGAGGAAGGGAAGGGAGAGGCCAGUUGGCCGUGAACUGUCCUGUCAUGGGGCCGGAGCUGCUCCCACCUCCCUGACCUUUACCUGCCUCACAGUUCCCCCAGCUGGGCUGGAAGGUUCCAUAACUGGCCAGCUGCCCCCAUUCUGGCAGCUUUCCCAGACCCAGGGUAUUCUAAAAGGGGCGGCUCAGGCACCGAGACUACCGUUCAACCCCCGACGUGGUUCUCAGGAGCCCGAGGUGGUCUUCAAUCAUUGGACUCCAUGGCCUUCCCUUCGUGUUGACCAGACCUUCCUUCCAGGGCUUUUCCUUUGGGGGAGGUGGAGAGGGGAGAAGAAGGGAAGGGAAGAGCAGAAGGAAGGAGAGGCAGGAGGAAGAAAUGAAGGCAAAGGAA